AUGAUGAACAAAACAAGUUUAAAUGAAGACACAGAAGAAGAGCAAUUAAUUAGUCUAUCAGAAAAUGAUAUAGAUUUAGAAAAUCCUGAAAAGCAAAUUCAGAUGAAUGAGGAAGUUGAAAAUGACUUAAAUGAAUUAAAAAGUCUGUUUAAAUUAUAUUUUGAUGAAGUAGAAUUUCAUUCUGUAGAUGACUUUACAGCCAAGUAA